CACAGUGUGAUUGAUGGUCCGUUGGCUGCGUGUGUGUGCUGGAGCACACGAGAACCCGAUCAGCUGCACUCCUAGCCAGUGUAUGCUGCUGGAAGUUUCACCGCCGAGGUCGAGGGAUAUUAUUUAGACUCCUCGGUUAUAAAUAUGUCUACAAAUAAAGUGAAGAAAGUAAAAAUGGCUACCAAAUCAUGCCCCGAGUGUGACCAACAGAUCCCUGUGGCUUGUAAAUCCUGUCCUUGUGGUUAUGUCUUCAUCAGCCGAAAGCUUCUCAAUGCUAAAUUAAAUGAGAGAUCAAAUCCAGUGAUGGAUCCCAAAAGAAGACGUACAGAAAGAAUCAGAAAAGAGAAGAUAAACUUAACAUCUACCAAUGAUAUGGAAAAUAGGAAACAAUCCCGUUCUAACAGUCAAUCCGAUCCAAUUCGUAGAGGGCGAGGCAGACCAAAAACUGUUGGACUGAAGAAGCAGGAGGAAGAAAAAGAAAAACAGGAAAAGGAGGUUGACAUUUAUGCCAACCUCUCGGACGAAAAGGCUUUUGUGUUCUCUGUGGCCUUGGCAGAGAUUAACCGCAAAAUUUUGGGCCAGAGACUCAUCCUGUAGGAGGGGGUGGUGGAAACCAUUGCAGCCGAAACUCAGGACUCUCACGAUGUGGGUAUGCGGGUGUCCCAUAUGACUGAUGGAAAAGAGGGUGGAAAACUGUGACCCAUAAUUGCUUAUGACUGUGUCUUAAAACCUGCCUAUGUGGCCGAAGCUCAGUGGUGCUACCAUGGAUGGGUGGGAAUUCAGACACAUGCUCUGCAGAUCUCUAUGAGGGGGAAAAUUACUUGUACUCAACAAGAGAGAAAAACUUGUAAAUGUUAAUGCCGUAGGAUACUAUUUAUCUUUUAAUUAAAAUUGUAUGGAAUGUAUUAAGGUUUCCUCAGUCAUUUCCUAAAAAUUCAAGCUGUUUUUCGGGUAACAGUGAGUUCAUUGUGCACAGCAAAAGAGCAGUAGAUGUGCAAGGUAUGUGCAUUUUAUCACAUGGCUAGAGACAUUAAUUCAAACAUGUAAUCUGAUUUUUUAUACUGUUUAGUUAGGUGCCAGUGAGCCAUAUGAAUUUAUAAGUAACCUAAUGGGUUUUAAACCCAGGGGAAUGCCUGAUAAAUGAUUAUUUAUUAUGCCUCUACCACCCUAAUUUAAGUGUAUAUUUUUAUUUUGUUUUCCUUUUUCAAUUUCUUUUUUAUUGUUUUACAAAUGGUAACUAUGUGUAAAAGUCACCCUGUAUAUGGAUUUAUUAAAAUCAAGUCACAAUUCUCAGAUUUUUUUUUAACUCUGUUUUUGAAAGAAGUUAAUUAUAACCAUUCCUCCUCUUACACUGUUCCCCCUCUUUUAAAAUGGAUUUGGGGCAAGAAAAAAUGCCUAGGGCUAUUCUCAGUAUAGAGCUCAUAUUUCAGUUGCUCAGUUUUGCUCUGAAUUGAAUGGCUCUGCUUCAGUUCACUAUAAGCAAUAUAUCACAGUGGAAAAAAGGGACUGGAAGCUAUUUAGCUAAAAAUGUUGGAUAAAAUACAUGAGGAUUGUCCUUGGAUAUUCAUGUUGUAGUAAUAAAAAAAAAGAGCUGAAAUAGAAACUAUGAAAUUAGUUAAUAAUAUAGCAUUAUUGUUCACAAAGUGCUCCGACCAUAUUGACCAUGAUCCUAUUGGUGUAUCUAGUUUCAUCACUAGUUUUGAACAUCUAGAUUCCCUAGGAGACAGCUGCAGCAGCCCGUCUUUUUUGUUUUUUUUCCAAAGCUCCAUCACCAAGCAACAAGGUCACCUCUGAGAAUCCUGUGCUUUGGUUUCCACAGAGAUGAUAGAUUGCCGGCUCCAUAUUACCUUUUACAGUCACUUACUUGAUUCUCAAAGGUUAUGUUUAUGAGUAAUUCACAAUGUGAUAUGUCUAAACAUGAUUUCUAUUUGGGUUGCUUCUAUAGUCAAUAUAUUCUACCUACCUUCUGCCAAGAGUGUUCUGUGAAUGUAAAAUACUCCAGUAUACUGUAAGCAAUGUAUGUUUAAGGUUGUUGUGUCUGUGGUUAUUCUCAGUAAUCCAGGUCAAUGCAGAGUAUUUUGUGGAAAUGUAUCUUGCUUGGUGGCUCUGGCUUAAGUUUUUUCAAAUAUGUUUUGCAGUGUUUGAAAUAUUAAGAUAUCUGCGAGGAGUGACAUACCCCUCCUCUCUUGUAUUGAACAUUUGAAGGGCUCCUUUUCUAAAUAGAUAAACAUGUCGUGAUGCUACUGAAUUAAUUUAGGAAUGAAUAACAAGACAUUUCACAUGAGCCAUUACGUUCUCAUUAACGAACAUGUUUUUUUUUCAAGGUGUGACUAACGACUAGGUUUUGCCUCUCCUGGCUUUGUUUGCACAUGAAAAACUUGAUCGCAAAGCAGUUACAUCAGUAUGUGCAGUGGCUCGGUAUCUCUCUUCAUAAGAAGGGAAUGAACGUGGAUCAAAGGGGCCAAAGUAGAGUUAUUUGUGAAAAUUAGGAAAAUAAGUGGAAACUUUGCCUGAAAAACUGUGAGCGGUCCUAUUGUUCUUGUAAAAUCAUGACCUCUGAAAUAAAAUUACCUUAUGAGUGAUUAAACAAUGACAAUAAAAUGCAAAC